UACGUGCCAUAUAAACAAAGUUCAAAGCCAUCUAUUGCUAGAAACGUACAUGAGUUCCAUACUUCUUAAUACAGACUACGCGUUACGGACAACGUGAGGUAGGAAGGAAAACACAUCUUCUUAGGCAUUAUUCCUAUCUGCCCAUCAAUGGCAUCUUCGGCGAUAGUUGCUGGCCUUGGUCUGGCUGCUGUUGGAUUUGCUGGUCGUAUGAUUCUACGGUCUGCUCCCACAGUGACGACAAAAUUUAACGAAAUACUCAAGCAGUUCCCUAUGGAUUCCGAGUCUUUACUUGGAAGCCGAUACUACAAGGGUGGCUUUGAUGCAAAAAUGUCCAAACGAGAAGCAUCCUUGAUACUUGGAAUAUCACCUACAGCCAACAAAAUUAGAGUAAAAGAAGCCCAUAAAAGAAUCAUGCUUGCAAAUCAUCCAGAUAGGGGAGGUUCACCAUAUUUGGCUGCUAAGAUCAAUGAAGCUAAAGAUUUCUUGGAUAAUCUAAAGACCGGGCUAUAUCAUGGACUACUCUAACUAAAGGACGGGACUCUUCGACAUUUCCUAUGCCACCCAU